AUGCAGUCGAGUCACUCGGAGUCGGGGGCUUCCACCGCCUCGAGCGUCAAAUUCCCGCUCCCAAAAGACCAUUUCGGCCAGGUGAACGUCUCCAUCGAGCAGACUGAAGAGUACCGAGCGCUGGUGCGUCGGAGAGUCGGCGAGCUCCUGGCAGACGAAGAACUCUAUGCCGCGCGCAAAGCGGCGCACGAACCGCGACUCGACCCGACCCACUGGAAGUUCGUUCGGUCGCAAGGCGAAGUGAAAAUGUUCAGGCGGCGAAAGCGGGGGCACGCACAGAACACCCGAGCGAGGACCGGCAGUCUACCCGACCCUAGUAUUAUCGCGUUGGGUAGAGUGCCCGGCUCCAUUGAGGACUUACUCUACGGCAGCUUCAGCAUCACGCAGGAGGAGGCGCAGACCACCAUGGCCUACAUGCACGAGCCUACCGACUGCGCGUUGCUGCGCGUGCUGGAACUGGACGCGCCGGACGACCCGCUGCAUUUCCUAGGACUCCGAUGGGUGCUCAAGAAGAUGCCGCUGCAAGCGAUCGUUACGCCUCGAGACGCGUGUUACCUGGAGGCGAUGGGGUGUCCUCCGUUCGACCGCAGGAGGAAUGAUAUCAUCCGCGGCGAGAUGUUCUUCGCCGGGCUGUUCCGCGAGACGACGCCGGGUUUCGUGGAUAUCAUGGUGCGCGGCGUCUUCGACUUGUCCGGGGAUCUACCUAGACACGCCGUGCCGCUCGCGUCCAUGUCGUUCGUCUCUGGAAUCCUCAGGGGCGUCCAGUGCGCGGAGGCCAAGAAGCUGACGCUGCUGUCACGGCACAACGCGGUCUCUGGCUUCAAUCUGGACGCAGUGAACCAGGGUGAGGCCUUCGCCAAGGACGCCGUGUGCUCCGUCUGCAUCAAGCGCAGCAAGGGCCUGUUCUCGUCGACGCGUCUGCGCGCGUGCCGCGUCUGCGGCGUGGCGAUCUGCUCCAAGUGCUCGGCCAAGAACAAGCGGUUAUUCCUCGGGUCCGAGCGGCCCUGCGCCUUCGCCGUGUGCUGUCCGAACUGUGCGCUCGAAGCGCAGCAGAUGACGGGCAUGCGGCCGUGUGAGCCCGAGUAUUCCGUCGUCGCGGACUUUUACCUCCACGGACCAGCGCUCGAGUCGUACUCCGGCGCUCUGGACGCCGCCGUGGCUCAGCAGCAGUACAUGGUCUCACUUAGCGCCUCGGAGAUCGACGAAAGUGAGUGGUGGGGCGACGAGAAGACCGACGCGGGCUCCACAAUCGCCGAUGCUGUGCGAGAGGAAUCGCCAGAGCGCCCCACGGACGCGACGGUGGACGAGAGCUGGGUGGGGCGCGACUUCAUGGACGGCUACGCGUCCACGCUGAGCGACGUGAACGGGUUCAGCUCGAGCGCAGAAGAGGACGACGACUACGCGCUCGACGUUGAAGCAGUGCAGCAGUGGCGCGAGCCCCCGUACGAGGAGGAGAUCGUGGAGGUUGAGGUCAAGUCCACGUCGGACGCCUUGGCGCUGCUGCUGCGCCGAGCCGCGUCCAUCGGCAGCCAGGUACAGCAGAACAACUCGGUCAUGCGCGAGAUGCAGCGAACGCAGUCUAGAAGACUUCGGUAG